AUGACGAUGAUCAUGUUCGACUAGUAAUUCAUGACUCAUUCAUAUUAACUCAAGUUACGUACUUAUGGUCCAUCCGCAUUCUGUACGUAUCUCAAUCUGGCUAGUGGAGGGAGGAGGAGGAGGAGAAGCAAUGAUCCUUAGUCGGCAACAUUGUUAUUCAUCCUGCAAGCUGCAGCCUUCUUCAUACAAUUCUUUCUGGUUCUCUUCCUCACUUUUGAUUCUGUUCCUUGUCCUGCCUCUGCUUUUCAUCUCUCUCCUCAUUUCAACUCUCGGCCCGGAGAGAUACUCUUCACUUGUUAUCUUUUCGACAUGGAAAUCGCGGACUUCUUUUCCUUCUCCUUCUUCUACUUCUGCUCCGACUGCACCUGGCCCAGCAGAUUUGCCAGGUCUUAUGGAGGCUCCAUUGAAUUACUCCGAUGCGGUCCCAUCAGUCCCGGAAUUUUCUGUUCCUUUAUCGGAGAAUAAUAAUGAGGAGAACAGGACAAUAGAGACUCCGAUCGAACCCGAGCAUACAUUGAAGAGAUACAGCAGGCUAGAGAGGCUCGAAGCAAGCUUGUCUAGGGCUCGGUCUUCCAUAAGAGAAGCAGCUGUCGUCCGGAACCUAACAUCAGUCCAUGAAGACCCUGACUAUGUUCCUAGAGGGCCCAUCUACUGGAAUCCCAAUGCUCUCCACCGGAGUUACCUCGAAAUGGAGAAGCUCUUCAGGAUUUAUGUGUACCGAGAAGGAGAGCCUCCGAUGUUCCAUUAUGGUCCGUGCAGGAGCAUAUACUCCACGGAGGGAUUAUUCAUUAGUGAGAUGGAGAAGGGCAACAUUUAUCGGACCACAGACCCUGAUGAGGCCCUCGUAUACUUCCUCCCGUUCAGCGUCGUCAUGAUGGUUGAAUACCUCUACAAACACGGGUCCCAUGAGAUUAACGCCAUAGGACGUUCAGUCAUCGACUACAUCAAUAUUAUUUCUAUUAAGCAUCUGUUCUGGAACCGGAGCCUCGGGGCCGACCAUUUCAUGGUCUCAUGCCACGAUUGGCAGGGGCCACGCACAUCUUCCUACGUUCCCGACUUAUUCAAAAACUCCAUAAGAGUGCUAUGCAACGCGAACACCUCCGAGGGAUUCAAUCCCUCCAAGGAUGCUUCUUUCCCCGAGAUCCACCUCCGCACUGGCAAGCUCUCAGGGCUGAUCGGCGGCCUAUCCCCAUCUCGGCGAACCAUCCUAGCCUUCUUCGCUGGGCGUCUCCAUGGUCACAUCCGAUCAUUGCUCCUUAGCCACUGGAAGGACCGAAAUGACUCCAAUGUCCAGGUCUAUGAGAAGGUUCCCAAGGGCAUGAACUAUGACUUAAUGAUGAAGAAGAGCAGGUUCUGCCUGUGCCCAAGCGGGUACGAGGUGGCUAGCCCGAGGGUGGUUGAGGCAAUAUAUGCAGAGUGCGUACCUGUCCUGAUCUCGGACGGGUACAUCCCUCCAUUCAGUGACGUACUGAACUGGAAGGCAUUCUCGGUUCAGGUGGAGGUGAAGGACAUACCGAGGAUCAAGGAGAUCCUAAUGUCAAUAUCGCAAGGGCAAUACUUGAGGAUGCAGAGGAGGGUGAGACAGGUCCAGCGGCACUUUGUGCUCAACAGUCCGACCAAGAGGUUCGAUGUCUUCCAUAUGACAGUCCAUUCCAUAUGGCUCCGCAGGCUCAAUAUUCGAAUCAAAGGUUGAUGUCAUACAUAGCAAAUUUCGAUUUAAUUGUCAGGAUCCAUUUUUGUUUUCUGAAACAAAUAAAUGUCUAAUCAAUGUCCGAAAUUUGUGUUUA